AUGACAAGUUCAGCGCUGUUUAGUGAUAAAAGCUUUAUAACGGCCUUUUCCAGGAGCUUAAAUUGGGAUAUAAAGACCGGUUCCUCGGCCGAAGUUGAUGAUUCCUCUGUAGAUGUCUUCAGAAACCCGUAUAUGGUUUACCAGCCUGAACCAGCAGAAUACGGUGCCGAGGAAGCAGAAGAACACGAAGAGCAGGCUCUGGAGGAUGUGGUACCCCAUUGGGCUAGUUUAUCGACUGCAGAGCUUGUCAGGGAAUUUGUUCCACUGAAUUUGGGGAGAAAAAGCGCCGAACCAGGCUCUAACUCAUCCUUUGAUGCUUCCUUCUAUAAGGGCUUAGUGCUGGAGCUUUUCUCUGAAUACAUGAAGGUUGAAUUUGAGAGAAGGCGUGGAAGGCCUUUCGAUGAGAGAAAAGAUGGUACAUUUGCUUUCUUUGGUGUUGAAACUCUGGGUAAGGAUAUUGAAGAGUGGCUCAAUGGGGUUGAAGGUAGAAAAGCGGUCAAAAGGAGAGGAUGGGGAAAAGUAAAUAGGUAA